CACACCAGUUAAACCUGCUUCCAUGUGCGAGCCAGACACAGAGGAACAACAUUUGACUAUAUGGAUGUUAAAGAAAUAUACUAAAAUGUUAUUCAUAUAUCAGGCAACAUUCUUGCUUGUGUGAGGUGAGCUAACGUCAUUCAAUGCCGCUACAGGCGUGUGCUUCGGCUGGGCAGGACUGAACUGCGGUGGGCUGCUCCGUUGUAGCUGUAGCAGUGUCAGUGUCAGUGUCAGCAGUAGCAGGUCAGAGAGAACUGUCAAGAAGGAGACAGGGUUACCAACAGAAGAAAAGCAGUUUUCAUCAGCCUGGAGGAAUACAAAUGAUCAUUUUAGCGAAAGUCACGGUCGUCCCGCCACCUGUCGUCAAAAUAGUAGCCUUGUUGUUCAAACUUGCAACAUCAGCAGCGAACUAACGCUAGUUGUUAGCUGCCUUGCCUAUCCUGCCUGCCGGUUAGCCCUUGCUAGGAGCAGUCGCAGCUAAUCUAGUUUAGCUGUUGGCAGCCUGGCUACUCAGGAAGAGCUUCCAAGAUGAGGCUGAAAGUAGGAUUUAUUCUACGGAGUUUGCUUGUUAUUGGGACUUUUCUUGGUUUGGUGGUUCUCUGGUCUUCGCUGUCGCCAAUAACCAACGAUGAAAACCCUUUUGGAAAACGGGCUGACUCUGUGCUGCCCAAAGGAGACCUAGCGGAUCAGUUUAAACCCGUGAUGCCCUGGCCUCAUGUGGAAGGCGUGGAGGUCGACCUUAACUCCAUCAGACUCAAACAUGGAGGGGACAACCAUCCCCAGAAACCAGACCAGCAGCUCAACCAGAAGCAGGUGAUCCAGCAGCAGUAUGUGACAUUCAGACCCCACACACAAGCCUACACCAGCCCCGUCCUGAAGAAAGGUAUCCUGGGAAACUUUGAGCCCAAGGAACCUGAGCCUCCGGGGGUCCCUGGCGGUCCUGGAGAGGGAGCCAAGCCUUUUGUCUUGGGUCCAGAGUACAAAGAUGCCGUCCAGGCUUCCAUCAAAGAGUUUGGCUUCAACAUGGUAGCUAGUGACAUGAUCUCACUGGACAGAACCAUCAGUGAUAUACGCCAUGAAGAGUGUAAGUACUGGGAUUAUGAUGACAGACUGAUGACCUCCAGUGUGGUGAUAGUCUUCCAUAAUGAAGGCUGGUCUACGUUGAUGAGAACCAUCCACAGUGUCAUCAAGAGGACUCCCAGGAAAUACCUGGCUGAGAUAGUCAUGAUAGAUGACUUCAGCAACAAAGCCCAUCUGAAGGAGCGUUUGGAGGAGUACAUCAAGCGAUGGAAUGGUCUUGUAAAACUCUUCAGAAAUGAGAAGAGAGAAGGACUGAUCCAGGCCAGGAGUAUAGGAGCUGAGAAGGCCACAAAAGGACAGGUGCUGAUCUACCUGGAUGCUCAUUGUGAGGUUGGAAUCAACUGGUAUGCUCCACUUGUUGCUCCUAUUUCUAAAGACAGGACAGUGUGUACAGUACCACUGAUAGACUAUAUAGAUGGUAAUGAGUACACUAUGGAGCCCCAGCAGGGUGGAGAUGAGGACGGCCUGGCUAGAGGAGCAUGGGAUUGGAGCCUGCUCUGGAAGAGAGUACCGCUUAGCCAGAGAGAGAAGGACAAGAGAAAACAUACCACCCAGCCUUACCGGUCUCCAGCCAUGGCAGGUGGUCUCUUUGCUAUAGAGAGAGACUUCUUCUUUGAGCUUGGUCUGUAUGACCCAGGACUGCAGAUAUGGGGAGGAGAGAAUUUUGAAAUAUCAUACAAGAUCUGGCAGUGUGGUGGCCAGCUGCUCUUCGUACCCUGCUCUCGUGUUGGCCAUAUCUACAGACUUCAGGGAUGGCAAGGCAACCCUCCACCUGCACAUGUUGGAUCCUCACCCACUCUGAAGAACUAUGUUCGUGUGGUGGAGGUGUGGUGGGAUGAUUAUAAGGACUACUUCUACGCCAGUCGUCCUGAAACUCUCACUCUAGCCUACGGAGACAUCAGUGAGCUCAAACGCUUCAGGGAGGAACAUCGAUGCAAGAGCUUCAAGUGGUUCAUGGAGGAAAUAGCGUAUGACAUUCCACUGCACUACCCUCUGCCUCCUAAAAAUGUAGAAUGGGGCGAGAUUCGAGGCUUUGAGACAAGUUACUGUAUUGACAGUAUGGGACACACCAAUGGAGGCAAUGUGGAAAUAGGACCGUGCCACAGGAUGGGGGGCAACCAGUUGUUCCGUAUCAAUGAAGCCAACCAGUUGAUGCAGUAUGACCAGUGCCUGACUGGAGGAGGUGAUAAUUCAGCGGUCAUCAUCACACACUGCGAUCAGAAGCAGAACACUGAGUGGAGGUACUUCAAGGGUCUCCAUCAGUUCACUCAUGUGCCAACAGGGAAAUGUCUGGAUCGCUCCGACCUCCUCCACAAAGUCUUCAUAUCAGACUGUGACACCAGUAAAACCACUCAGAAAUGGGAGAUGAACAACAUAGUGGCUGUCUGAAGACUAAACAACUUGCACAAGAAAAACCACUGAGAAACAUGGUGACUGUACGAGGAGAUGCACACACCAAGAAAUACAUCCAUUCUAUAAGUUUACAGAUAUAUCAAGCUGAUACAGUCCUUUUUUAAGAAAUAAUGUUUUUGAUAUGAGCUGCUCAGUGUCAGUGCUCCUCCAACAGGAUUGAGUCAAAAUGGUCCAAUUUAAAGAUGCCGAGUAUCGACUAUUAACAGCUUUACCCAAAACUGUUGGUUGGUACUGUUGCUCGAUAAGCUCAUGCAUUAUAAAGACACAUAGACACUCCAGGUGGUGGUACUGGUUGGUAUGGAGGCUGAAGCUACUGCUCCUUCCAAUGACUGUUGGACAAACACUGGACUGGAAACAUGUCUGUCUCUGUCCUUCAUAGUGGGGUUUUUACACUUUGUCUCUCUAUCUGUUCUUUUGGGCUCUCAGGUCUUUUCUAAACCACUACAUUGAUUUAUAAAAGUAAUCAACAUCAGUUCCAACUAUUGAACAACCAUACUCUCAAUAUACCUUUUCAAUCAACUGAUAGCUCACCUACUAAAGAGUCCUUUAUUGGGGCAGGAUUCAUCGAAACACACUGUGUGUUUAAGCAGGUGUUGUGACCAUGUGUUCAUACAUGCGCUGGCUGGCAUAAUGCUUUUGUCUGCAAGUCUCAUUAAAAUAACUUUCAGGCUGGAAUAGUGAGUAGGAUGUCUAAAUCUGAGCAUUUAUUGGGUACAUCAAAGAAAGAACCCUUGGGUGAGCCAAAUUGGUUUCAUAGAGCAAUCGUGGUUUAUGUAUGUAAACAAUCAACAUGUGAAGAUGACAAACUGUUACCAUUAUUCUGCUCUGUCCUGUUCUGUCAUCUGCUUCUUAAACAGCCAAUAGGCAAUUUUGCCAUGUCAGUAAAAAUACACCAAACCUGACAAAAGGUGGAGAUACCAGUCAGAUGUGAACUAACACGGCACUCUAACAGGCUUCACUUGAUUAACGAAGAAGCAGAAUUAAAUUCCCCACACUGUGUCAAAAGGCUGACCAGGACAAAAAAGAAAAAUAUGAAGAAGAAAACAAAGCAAGCAAUGCUUGUGUGCCCCACAUUAAACUUCAUACUGCGUUGGUUUCCCCCAAACCAUCUCAUGGUCCAUUAUUUGGUGUGCAAUGCCUGAAACCAUCCCACCUACAAUAUGCUUUUAAAUGCUCAAUAACAUGAAUAAAAGCAACUCGUCUUUAUUGUGUUCAAUUUGAUUUGUUGCUAUGUACUUCUAUUGAUUUCCAAUGGUUUUAAUUAAUUUUCAUCAACUUCUACAGACUCUGAGAUGCUUAUGAGGAAGUUAAAGGAGAGCACAUCUUUAUAAACAGUGAUCUAACUGACUGAGGAA